AGUGUUUCUGUUAGAGGGGGUGCAACAAGAGAGAGUGUCUAUUAGUGUGUGAAGGAGAGAGAUGAUGAGAGGACAGAGUAAGAUAAGGUAUAGAGCCUGAAGGCGUGCGCAAGGAGAACAAACAGAGAAAUGUAUUGUUAAUAAACAGUGAGAAGUGGAGAGUAGCAGGGGGUUCUCGCUUUCGGGGAAAGAGAGAGAGACAAAAGAGAAAGAGGAAAGGGAGGUAGAGAAAGAGAGUAGAGGGAGGGAGAGAGAAAGAAACAGAAACAGGAAGAGAGUGGUGAGAGGGAGAUAGAGAAUGGCAGAGACUGAUAGAGAGAAGAGAGAGAGAAAAAGAGAGAGAGAGAGAGAGAACUGACUCAGAUAACGGAAGUGGCGUGUGCAUCCUGCUCUCCUGCUGGGGCUAGAUGAGACUUCAAACUGAUCUGUGAGGUGAGAAGAACAGAGAGAUACACUACAUAACUUGAUGACUCUAAGCUGACAGUGAGUUACAACACCUUAGCUUGAUCCACGGUGAGAGGAAUAACUACCCACACUACAGAGAAGGAAGGAGCUAGAGAGAAAGAUUAUCAGCCUACUUCGGAUAAAGAAUAGGAAAGGUGGAAGAAAGAAGGCUAUAAACCUGAGACUGAGGUAAAUGCCACUGAUGCCCAGCUGACCUGUAGCUGAGUGCUGAGGCAGGAACAAGGAGACUGCAGAGUUACGUUGGUCUGACUCGCCCUCCUCUCAGCUCUGUCUGUUGGGGGAUGGAGUGACUUGGUGAGCCCAGCUGUGUCUUCAUCGUUGGAGAACAUGCCUGUGAUGAAGGGCCUCCUGGCCCCCCAGAACACCUUCCUGGACACCAUCGCCAACCACUUUGAUGGCACCCACAGCAACUUCCUUCUUGGGAAUGCCCAGGGUCGCCAAGGUUACCCCAUCGUGUACUGCUCGGACGGCUUCUGCGAGCUGACGGGGUUUGUGCGCACUGAGGUGAUGCAGAAAACAUGCACGUGUCGCUUCCUGCACGGGGCGGAGACCAGUGAGAGGGUGAGGCAGCAGGUGGACAAGGCCCUGGAGGGACAGCAGGAGUACCAGGGGGAGGUGUGCUUCUAUAUGAAGAACGGGAAUCCAUUCCAGUGCCUUCUUGAUAUUGUGCCAAUUAAGAAUGAGAAGGGUGAAGUGGUUCUAUUCCUUUUCUCCUUCAAGGAUGUCACUGAGUCGUACGGAAAAAGCCACCAGCACAGAGGGCGGGGGGCCACAGGCAUCUCAGAGGACGCACAUCAGAGCAGAAAACGCAGCCGUUCCCACUUUUCCCAAGCCAGGGAGAGGGGAAGGACUGUCUUGUACCACCUCACCAACCAGUUCUCCAAGAGGGGCAAGGGAAAGCUGCCCAAUAGUGUAUUCCAGAAGCCCUCUCUCCCAGAGUACAAGGUGGCGGCGGUGCAGAAGUCCCGCUUCAUCCUGCUCCACUACAGCGUAUCCAAGGCCCUGUGGGAUUGGCUGAUCCUCCUGGCUACCUUCUACGUGGCGGUCACCGUGCCCUUCAAUGUCUGCUUCGUCAGUCACCAGGACGACGACUGUGACUCCCGUAGUACCAUUGCCAGUGACAUCGCUGUGGAAAUGCUCUUCAUUCUAGAUAUCAUCCUGAACUUUAGGACCACCUUCGUGAGUCAGUCGGGUCAGGUGGUGUACGAUGCCCACUCAAUCUACCUCCAUUACUGUGGCACCUGGUUCUUUAUAGACCUCUUUGCUGCUCUGCCCUUUGACCUCCUCUACGCCUUCAACAUCACAGUGACCUCGCUGGUCCACCUCCUGAAGACGGUGCGUUUGCUGCGGCUGCUGCGGUUGCUACAGAAGCUGGACCGUUACUCCCAGUACAGUGCUGUGGUCCUGACCCUGCUCAUGUCUGUGUUCGCCCUGCUUGCCCACUGGAUGGCCUGCGUCUGGUACGUCAUCGGCCGCAAGGAGAUAGAGAGCAGCGACCCUGUCACCUGGGAUAUAGGCUGGCUGCAGGAGCUGGGUAAGCGGUUGGAGACCCCAUACAUCAACAGUACGGUUGGCGGCCCCUCCAUGCCCAGUGCCUACAUCGCCUCCCUCUACUUCACCCUGAGCAGCCUCACCAGUGUGGGCUUUGGCAAUGUGUGUGCCAACACAGACGCCGAGAAGAUCUUCUCCAUCUGCAUCAUGCUCAUGGGGGCCCUAAUGCAUGCAGUGGUCUUCGGUAACGUGACGGCCAUCAUCCAGCGCAUGUACUCUCGGCGCUCGCUCUACCACACGCGUAUGAAGGACAUCAAGGACUUUAUCCGUGUGCACCGUCUGCCCCAGCUGCUGAAACAGAGGAUGUUGGAGUACUUCCAGACCACCUGGUCUGUCAACAACGGCAUCAACGCCAACGAGCUUCUGCGUGACUUCCCAGACGAACUUCGUGCGGACAUCGCCAUGCACCUGAACAAGGACAUCCUGCAGCUGCCAGUGUUUGAGCGGGCCAGUAGGGGGUGUCUGCGCUCCCUCUCCUUGCACAUCAAGACCUCGUUCUGUGCUCCGGGAGAGUACCUCAUCCGCCAGGGGGACGCGCUGCAGGCCAACUACUUUGUCUGCUCUGGGUCUCUAGAGGUGCUGAAGGGCGGCAUGGUCCUUGCUAUCCUGGGCAAAGGUGAUCUGAUUGGUGCAGACCUGACAGCGCAAGACCAGGUGAUCAAGACCAAUGCGGACGUGAAGGCUCUGACCUACUGUGACCUGCAGCACAUCAGUGUCCGUGCCCUGAGGGAGGUCCUGGGCCUCUACCCAGAGUAUGGCAGUCGCUUCAGCUCUGAUAUUCACCACAACCUCACCUACAACCUAAGAGAGGGCAGCGAGGCAGAGGGACUGACAAGGUUCUCACGGUCCCCUCUGCUCUCUCAGGAGCGAGUUGAUAAGGACCACAAGCUUCCAUUCGUUGUGGAGGCAGAAGAUGUGGAGUCUGGUGAGGACAUGAGCCACUGUCCCACCGGUGCAUCCCACCAAGGACAGUUGCUCCUGAUGCAUGGCCUGAGCAGCCCCGUCUGCCACCCUGGCCUCAGCAGCCUGCUGGGGGAGGAGCUUCGACAUGUCAGUGCGCUCCAUCUCUGCCGCUCCCCAGCCCAGGGCUGCAGAGGCCGUAGCCCCUCCCCUCAGCUGCUGUCCAAUGAGGAGGUUACUCCCGCCCCAGUGCCCAACAUGGUCACAGAUCACAGCCCAUCCCAUAGGCCAGCCAAGCUGCUCAUACCCUCCCUACAUUGUGUCAGCCCUCUGGACCUCAGCCCCAGGGUUGUGGAUGGAAUUGAGGAUAAUGGGCAGUCUUUUCACUUCAAUGUGGAUCAAGGCGAGGCAAAGACCAAUAGCAAAGACCCAUUCCAAGUGAGCGCCAACUUACUUCUGGAAACAGAGGAGGUGAGACAGAACAUCAGCCAGCUAAGCAAAGAGAUGAAUACCCUUAACCAGGAGGUGUCCAACCUGACCAAGGAGCUCCAUGAGAUGAUGUGUUUCCUGCAGGGCCAUGUGACCAUGUUUCAUUACCCCUCUGCCAUCUCCACCUAUCCUUACGGCCUGCAGAUGGCACCUAACCCCAACCUCAGCAGCAACAUGACUGCUGCCAAUGACUGGCAGACACGGGUGCCUUUCAGUAUGCCUGCUGGACCUCACCCAUCUCACCUGCAACAUGACCCCCUCAGCCACCCCGCCAGGAAUAUGUGGGCCUACGGUGGGGUGCCCCCCCAGGGCAGAGGUCCCGCCAUGGGUCAGAAGGUGGAGGUUGAGCACCUUCACCAGACGUCCAAUCCCAGGUCAUCCUGUUUACACCUGUGCUGCUCGGACAGAGGCAGAACCACUGGUCAGGGACUUGAAGCCCAGUAUAGGCCUUUCCCGACCUCCAGAACUACACCCAACUCUCCCUACAUGGGCCACUCCCAAUGCCGGACUGUGCCAUCUCUUCUGAAUCUCAGCUCUGCCUUCCCAGUACUCCCAGGUGCGGGUCCUGGUCAAGUUGAGUUCAAAGCCUCCAUCCCCACCAUCAGUACCUUUCGUCCCCUAUGUUCCCCAGGCAGCCUCAGCCAGUCCCACCCCUCCCUGAGUGUCCAGGUCAACUCUGACCGCAGCCAUUCACCGUCCAUCUCCCCAACGCCUAUCCACGUCUCACUGGCCCCUACCGGCCAACCACAGCUCCACACCACCUUCAGCUCUCAGUCAGGGGGCUACACGUCUGUCAGCCCAACAUACAAUCAGACGCACAACCAGACCACCCCCCAGGGGCAGGGUUCUCUCAACAGAGCCAGGAAGAAUGACCUGGUGGGCUCCAGCCUUGUCCACACACUGGACUCAUCCCUACCUCUGGUGGGGCAGUCAGCAGGGCAAGGGCUAGACUGUGGAGGGCCUAACAUGGAGUAUCCACGGGGCAGGGAGAGUCCUAAGAGGAUGCAAAGUGAUGCUGAGCAGGCAGAGUCCCAGACUCAGGAGACCAACAUCAGCACACAGCAGGUCCUGGAAGUCGAGCCUCUCUGGGGCUUGAAGGUGACACAUUAGCAGCUGUCUGGAGACCCACAGAGACCAGAUAAAUAAACUGGAACAUUACUGCUGCAAAGUAAUGCUGAGCCCAUCAACUCAACUCUCCCGUUUUGGUUGCAUCUCUUAUGCUACAUGAGUUUACAUCUGAGAAAUGAAUGAUUGCUUUAGAGUCUAAAACGUACACCACACAGCAAUCACACUACAUAAUAUCGACACUGAUUGUACUACUACUUGAUGUACUGUUUAUUUAAUUUGACUGUAAAUACAUCAUUGAUAUGGACCAGAGAUUAAGAAGACAAGCUGACUCAGUUUACAAAAAUAUUCAUAUUUGUGUUUUAUUACGCAUUUCUUGUGAACUGAAAGUUAGGUAUUACUAACCGGAGGGUAUCUCUAGACAUAUCACAUUGAGACCUGGCAGCCAUGGAAACAGCAAACCUCACCCCUUUCCUUCAUUAUAUUGUGUUUACAUAGAAAGUAUCAUCACCUAAUGAGCAUUAUUUUGACAUGUGGUUUUAUGUGAUGCCAUUGCUUGUGAACACACUGUGGAGCUCAUUCUACAAGCGGUCUGGACAUUACAGCAUGUGACCAAUGUUUGUGCUCAUUAUUUUAAGAAAUUGUCUCUUGGCUAGCCUGCCAGAGGAUUGCUGGUCAAAGAGGACCUAUGGUUAUUUUUGUGUUUCCCUCUUCUGCAAUAUGGCUAUUCAUAGCUCUUGCAUCUCUUUUUGCUCUUGUGUCUUGAACAUUUUCUGACUUUUUCUAUGCUGUAUAUUUGACUGUUUAUUUGGUAACAGAGACUGAAAUAAGACGUGCAAUGUAUAGCCGACUGUACAAGCACAACAGUUUCAGAAGCGUACAAAUUACAGAAUGAUUUGAACAACGUGUGCAGACUGAAAGAGUUGUAUAUCAUUUUGUUUGUUUGUAACUGAUAUUAGUUGUAAAAUAAAACUAUUUAGAUGCAAACAGAAUAUUAACAUAUAUAUUUUUUUUUUAACAGGGACUCAGAGAAAUUUAAUCUGAAGUGAAAAAUGAAAUAACUUGAAAGGUUAAACUGAGCAGGUCACAGUAGUGGUACACAAUUACAUAAAUAUUGUUAGUCAAUCACUCAACAUCCAACAAUAUCUAUUUAGAUAGACCUAUGCCUUUAGAUAAACCCACCCUAAAAUACUGGGGCUUCUCCAUUUGAUGCCCACAACAUUAACGUUUGGGUCAGUGAGUGUACAUUGAUGAACAAAAUGUAGAUCUGAAAUGAUGUCAGAGAUUAUGGCAAAUAUCAUGGUCUUUAGCGCCACCAGAUGGUGAUAGAUUUAAAGCAAACUUCUGUAAAGAUUUUAUUAAAUACAUUUGAAAAACGA